AUGAGCCUCGGGCUGAGAACUGAAAACGGGAAAAGCAACUUCAGAAACCUGAGGACCAGUCCCAGUCUGACUCUAGACCUGAGGACCAGUCCCAGUCUGACUCUAGACCUGAGGACCAGUCCCAGUCUGACUCUAGACCUGAGGACCAGUCCCAGUCUGACUCUAGACCUGAGGACCAGUCCCAGUCUGACUCUAGACCUGAGGACCAGUCCCAGUCUGACUCUAGACCUGAGGACCAGUCCCAGUCUGACUCUAGACCUGAGGACCAGUCCCAGUCUGACUCUAGACCUGAGGACCAGUCCCAGUCUGACUCUAGACCUGAGGACCAGUCCCAGUCUGACUCUAGACCUGAGGACCAGUCCCAGUUUGACUCUAGACCUGAGGACCAGUCCCAGUCUGACUCUAGACCUGAGGACCAGUCCCAGUCUGACUCUAGACCUGAGGACCAGCCCCAGUCUGACUCUAGACCUGAGGACCAGUCCCAGUCUGACUCUAGACCUGAAGACCAGUCCCAGUCUGACCCUAGACCUGAGGACCAGUCCCAGUCUGACUCUAGACCUGAGGACCAGUCCCAACCUGAGGACCAGUCCCAGUCUGACUCUAGACCCGAGGACCAGUCCCAGUCUGACUCUAGACCUGAGGACCAGUCCCAGUCUGACUCUAGACCUGAGGACCAGUCCCAGUCUGACUCUAGACCUGAGGACCAGUCCCAGUCUGACUCUAGACCUGAGGACCAGUCCCAGUCUGACUCUAGACCUGAGGACCAGUCCCAGUCUGACUCUAGACCUGAGGACCAGUCCCAGUCUGACUCUAGACCUGAGGACCAGUCCCAGUCUGACUCUAGACCUGAGGACCAGUCCCAGUCUGACUCUAGACCUAAGGACCAGUCCCAGUCUGACUCUAGACCUGAGGACCAGUCCCAGUCUGACUCUAGACCUGAGGACCAGUCCCAGUCUGACUCUAGACCUGAGGACCAGUCCCAGUCUGACUCUAGACCUGAGGACCAGUCCCAGUCUGACUCUAGACCUGAGGACCAGCCCCAGUCUGACUCUAGACCUGAGGACCAGCCCCAGUCUGACUCUAGACAUGAGGACCAGUCCCAGUCUGACCAGAUGGUUCAACGUCACAGAGCAGCCACACAGACCAUCAACACCAGCUGCACAUGGUUCAACGUCACAGAGCAGCUCCACAGACCAUCAACACCAGCUGCACAUGGUUCAACGUCACAGAGCAGCUCCACAGACCAUCAACACCAGCUGCACAUGGUGUCACUGUGCCACAAACACUGCAGCUUGA